AUGAAUACCCUUCAGACUCUCUGCCUCUUGGCUAUCGGGCUCUCUGCUGCCCAGUCAAUCGAUUACAAGGCACUCAACCAGUUCAGGAAUAUGAUCCUCUGUGUGAUGCCUGAUAGCUGGCCUGUUUUUGACUACGCUGACUAUGGCUGUUACUGUGGAAAGGGAGGCUCUGGCACAGCUGUGGAUGAUCUGGACAGGUGCUGCCAAGUGCAUGACCAGUGUUACAGCGAUGCUAUGCAGCACGAUGACUGCUGGCCCAUCAUUGACAAUCCUUACACCGAGUUCUAUGACUACAGCUGUGACGAGGCGAACAAGAAGGUCACCUGUGGCAACGACAACACAGAAUGUGAGAUGUUCAUCUGUGAGUGUGACAGGAAGGCCGCUGAGUGUUUUGCCAGAUCACACUGGAACCCUGACCAUGAGCACCUGCCCAGCGACCAAUGCCAUUAA